AUGCAGGUAAUGAAGAAAGAUGAAGUUAAUAUGGACUACAACUCCUUCAAAACCGCCAUGCACCAGGCCGUAGCCAAUCCACCAUGGCUCAGACACAACGUUCAACAUCAGCAACGAUGGAAUCCGUAUUCAAUGGAAGGAGGGUAGGUUUUUUAUUGUUGUUGUUGGCUUUUAGGUUUUAUGGGUAAUAUCAAAGAGGAAACGGGAAUGAGUUUAGCUUGAAAGGUUUUAAAAUGUGCUCUUCAGUGUGUUACACUGUUUCUGGUAAUUAUUGGGUAAUAAUAUAAGGGUUUUACAAUUUUUUGUGAUCUUUUUCAUUGUCUGCUUUGCUAGAGGUCAUGGGUAAUAUAAAUUUUGUACUUACGGAGCAGUUUGACACUCUUAUAACUACAGAACGUUUUGAAAGGAACCUUGUGGACUUUCACGUUUUUUUCAGGAGGGUUUAGGUUUUAAACCUGAUCUUUAUGGGUAUGAGACAUCAAAGUCUCCGACUUGAAUUAUAAUGGACAUGUAUAAUAUAAAUUCGCAGUUUUAUAAGUUACUAGGACUUUUAAGCUAAUAACUAUAAGAAUUUUAUAUUUUUUACUUAAAUAUUUAACAGUAAAAGAUGUUUUACAUCUUGAUGCCAUCAGUUUCAACAUCAACCAUCUGAUCUCAUAUGUAAUAUAAAUUUUAGAACUGCCUGCGCCUUGGCUGGUUACAACUUUGUUGUAGCGGCUUGUGACACUCGUAUGUCGGCUUUUGAAGUUAGUGUGAUGAACAGAAACGCUGAGAAGUUGAAUGUUUUGAACGAUAACAUCAUCUUGGCCACAACUGGAUUCUACGGAGAUGUUCUUCAGUUAAAACGUGUUUUGGACGUAAGUUUAUGCUUUUUUAAGUUAUAAUUGGUUCUAAAAGAGAAUUUAAGGUCUUUUUUAGUUAGUUUUAAAUGUAGUUUGGUCAAAAUUGAAGUGUUUUUGGGGUUUAUAUUGUACAUGACAAUAAAGUCCUCUUUAUAGUCAAUGUUUUUUAAAAUAAAUGCUUUUCUUUUGCUAAUCCUAAAGUAUAAGGUUAUGAUUUUAGUCUCGAUUGCACAAAUAUCGUUUCGACUACCGAUGUGACAUGACUGUUGACUUGUGCUCGGAAUUGUUCGCCCGUAAUUUGUAUUACAAACGGUUCUUCCCAUACUACACUGGAGCUAUCUUGUGCGGAAUUGACGAGAAAGGUAAGCGUUUUUUGUUUGUUUUUUAUAUUUUAGGUAUGAAAUGCGUUUUUAAUUUGAUAUUGUUAUGAAUCAUAAAAUAGUCAAAUUUUAGAAAAAUAAUGCGAUUUUCGAGUAAAACAACGAAAAAUAAGGCCAUAACGUUACCCUUUUCAGGUUGUGGAGCCGUCUACAGUUACGAUCCGAUCGGUUGUAUCGAACGUCUUCAAUACUCGUGCAGUGGCGGAGGUGAACCAAUGAUGCAGCCCUUCCUCGACAACCAAGUAGGCCACAUGACCUUGUCCGAAAACGCCGACCGUCCUCAACUCACCAUUGAAAGAGCCAUCUCCUUGGUGAAGGACGCGUUCAAGACCGUGGCCGAGCGUGAAACCUCCACCGGUGACAAGAUCAACAUUGUCAUUGCUGAACACAACAAACCAAUCCGUCGUGUCACUAUACAACUCCGCGAGGACUAA